AACAAACUUACAAUGCUGGACAUUGCAUCCAAUAGGAUCAAAAAGAUUGAAAAUGUCAGCCAUCUAACAGAGCUGCAGGAAUUCUGGCAGAAGGUGCUGGUGGCAUGAAGGAUCAAGAUGCAGCGAAAAAAGAUCAAAGCAGAUGAUCAUGCCAACCUGAUGGGUGAAGACCAAAAUGCCAAAGGGCCUUAUUACGGGAGUCUGAGCCAGGAUCCUAUUGAAAUCUCAGAGCUGAGCAAACCAAGUCAAGUGACCCAUGUUCCUCAGAGCACUGCAAAUGUCUUCAGUGAUGGACGCACCAGGAUAGACUUCGUCCUGGUGUGGGAAGCAGACCCUCAGACUCAGGAGCAGGAGGGACAGAGUGAAGGAACCAGUGCUGAGAGCAAGGUACCCCGGUGGAGAAGAGCUGUCGAUGUCCGCAGGACUUGGCGGAAGAAGUUUCUGAACAAGCUCCAGGCUGCUGGAAUCUGUAUAGAAAAGCACGCGAUCCAGGAUGAGAAGAAGGUGGUGCACUAUGUGCUGCUGAAUGCUCCCUGGAGCGUGCUGUGUUAUUACGCAGAGGAUCUCCGGCUGAGGCUCCCCCUGCAGGCCCUGCCGAAUCAGGCUUCAAACUGGUCUGACAGAGUGGUGAAGAGGCUGGGUGUCCCCAGCCUGCUGUGUGAGGAGGUUCCAAACAUGCCCCUGGACUACUACACUUGUCACUUCAAGGUGAACAAGUUAACAUGGUUCCUAGGGAGCAAUGAGCAAGACACCUUCUUCAGCAGCACGCAGCGGCACAGGAUACUGUACGAGAUCCUGGCCACGACGCCAUAUGGCCACUUGAAGCAGGGGGAGGUUGGGGUGGAUCGGCUGCUGAGCGAGGAUGUCUUUGCAGCUGCAUUCCCCCUGCAUGAGGGUCCCUUUGCGGUACCUGCUGACAGGCUGGCCCCUGAGAGCCUGACUGAGCGCCAGGUCCUCUUCCAGUACUGGGCAAGGUGGCGGAAAUGGAACAGAUACCAGCCACUGGAUCACAUCCGCAGGUACUUUGGAGAGAAGAUCGCACUCUACUUUGCCUGGCUGGGUUUCUACACUGGUUGGCUCUUGCCUGCUGCAGUUGUGGGGUCACUGGUUUUCAUCGCAGGCAUAUUUCUGAUGCUGAGCGACAUACCUGCGCAGGAGAUCUGUGACAGCGAGGAUGAGUACCAGAUGUGCCCGCUGUGCAAGGAGUGCCCACACUGGCAGCUCUCCAGCAUCUGCAGUAUGUUCAAGGCAGGUCGCCUCUUCGACCACGGUGGGACCAUCUUCUUCAGCAUUUUCAUGUCCCUGUGGGCUGUGACAUUCCUGGAGUACUGGAAGCGGAUGAACGCCACCCUGGCGCACCGGUGGGACUGUUCUGACUUCGAGGACAUUGAGGAGCGGCCGCGACCCCAGUUCACUGCCAUGGCUCCCAUGACAAUGGAGAACCCAAUUACUGGAGCAGAGGAGCCAUAUUUUCCCAAGCGGAACCGCGUAAAACGGGUCGUGGCUGGACUGAUGAUCAUCAUCAUGAUGAUUGCUGUGGUUGUGAUGUUCCUGAUCUCCAUUAUCCUGUACCGGGCGAUCAUCAGCAUCCUUGUGUCAAGAUCCGGGAACUUCCUCUUUGUGGCAUCGGCGUCUCGUAUUGCCAGCCUUACAGGCUCAGUGGUGAAUCUAAUCUUCAUCCUCAUCCUUUCUAAAAUUUACAUUGCACUGGCCCAUUUCCUUACCAAGUGGGAGAUGCACCGGACUCAGACGAAGUACGAAGAUGCUUUCACCUUCAAAGUGUUUGUCUUCCAGUUUGUCAAUUUCUACUCUUCUCCCAUCUACAUUGCGUUCUUCAAGGGCAGAUUUGUAGGCUACCCAGGGAACUACAAGACCUUGCUUGGGAUUCGCAACGAGGACUGCGGGGCUGGCGGCUGUCUCAUUGAACUCGCCCAGGAGCUGCUGGUCAUCAUGGUGGGAAAGCAAGUCAUUAACAACGUGCAAGAAAUCGUCAUCCCGAAGCUGAAAGGCUGGUGGCAAAAGUACAAGCUUCGCUCCCAAAAGAGGAAAAGCAAGGCGGACCAAUUGGGCCUGGUGCAGCAGGCACCCUGGGAGAGCAACUACGAGCUCCUGGUCUGUGAGGGGCUGUUUGACGAGUACCUGGAAAUGGUCCUGCAAUUUGGAUUCAUCACCAUAUUUGUGGCAGCUUGUCCUCUGGCGCCCCUUUUCGCCUUGCUCAACAACUGGGUGGAGAUCCGCCUUGAUGCACAGAAGUUUGUCUGCGAGUACCGUCGUCCUGUGGCCGAGCGGGCCCAGGGCAUUGGCAUCUGGUUUUAUAUCCUGGAGGUCAUCACCCACUUGGCUGUCAUCAGUAACGCUUUCCUGAUUGCCUUCACUUCAGACUUCUUGCCCCGUCUGUAUUAUCAGUACACCUGUGCCAGUGACCUGCAGGGCUAUGUUAACUUCACCCUGGCGUAUGCUCCAAAGCACUUUGCCUCGCAGCACAAUGUCACGUGCAGGUACCGUGCAUACAGGGAUGAGAGCGGCAGGUACUCGCUAACCUAUUGGAACCUACUAGCAAUCCGCCUGGGCUUUAUUAUAGUGUUUGAGCAUGUGGUGUUCUUUAUUGCUCGUGUGAUAGACCUGAUGGUGCCUGACAUUCCUGAGUCACUGCAGAUCAAGGUGAAGCGUGAACAUUAUCUGGCCAAGCAGGCACUGGCUGAGAACAAGGUGACUCACAAACAGUAUCCCAGGAGGUGGGUUUGGAGUUCCCGGCUGUGUGGCUUGCAACACCGCUCUACCAAAGCCAGCAUCGUCCUGGGCUUUCUGGGUAAGCGUGUAAUGGAAUGUGAAUGUGUGGACAGACGAUCAGGUAGCGACCCUGCUGAUAUUUUGGAUCAGCACCGGGCCAGGAAGGCUGCUGCAGCUUGCGCCCUGGUUGAAUGGGUGAUCACAAUUGCCAGUGGUGGCACUUUCACCUGUUCAUAGCGAAAAUGAAUAUACAGGCAGUGACCCAUGACGACACUCUGGGUGGCCACAGGAAGGCCCUUCAUCCUGUCUGCCACCGCGACGAAUAGCUGCAUCGACUUACAGAAUGGCUUAGUCCUUUCUAUGUAAAAGGCUAGCACCCUCCUGAUGUCCAGAGAAUGUAAUCUAUGGUCCUCAUCUGAUUUAUGAGGUUUUGGAAAGAAGAUGGUAAGUAUAUAUCUUGACCUAGUAUGAAACUGUGAAACUACUGUGGGCAGGAAAGUUUGGUGCUGCUGCAGUUGGGCCUCGUAGAAUACCAUAUAUAGGGCAGUUCUGAGGUAAGUGCCCUAAUCUCAGAGACCCUACAGGCUAACGUUAUUGCCACCAGGAGAAUUGCAGAGUGUAGCCCAGAGGUAUUAUACUGAGCACCCAACGGUUUGAAGUUACUUGCGACUAUGCUGACUGGAAGCGACGCAGGCGGUUGAAGGAGUAGGAAGGUGGAUCCUGAGAACUGACUGCAGUGCCGUCCUUGAGUGCACCUCAAAAUGAGUGCUUCUGGCCACCCCGGUGUUUUGCUGGGCCACGCUGAGUAGGCAAACGGGAGGUGGAGGGGUGACCAUGAUUGAACCUCUCUCUCUUCCUCCUAAAGGAGCCUUGCCAGAAAGGCCAAGGUCUAGGAGGCAGCAGGAAUUGCAUACACCACAAACGGCAAGAAAGCAGGCCUAGUGAGCAGAGAGUGUGGCUCGAGAAUCCUCAAAUCCAUGUAGCUUCGCAUCCAUUUGCUCUGAAAAGAGCCCAUUGCCUUUGAAGGGAAGGUCCUGGAUGGAGGACUGCCUCUGCUAGGACAGACCCAAGGACUGAAGCCAGGAACUACGCCUCAUAACUAAGGCCAAGACAAAGACCCUGGCCACCGAAUCAGCUGCGUCCCAGGCCAUCUGGAGAGAGUCCCUCGCCACUGUGGUACCUUCCUCCAGGAUGAUAGCAACCUCCUGAGGCAGGGAGUCCCACAAGUUACAAUUGUAUCUCCCCAACAAAGACCGGUGGUUUGAUACUCUGAACUGAAAGCUGGCUGUAGAAUAACUUUUCUUCCAGAAAGGAAAAACAGACGCCAGGAAGCUGGACCUAUGUGGCACUCACUUGCCUGUACCUGUCCCUUUCGUUGGCCGCAGAUAUGAUUAGCGACCCUGGGGGUGGAUGGAUAUAGAAAUAUUUGAAUGCAUUAGCAGGGACAAAUUUCUUUUCUGCCCAGGUGGGCAGGAUAAGAGAUGGGAUUUGCCACAGGGCCUUGGCUAUCUUCAAAAUCUCCUCAUGUAUCAGCAGUGUGGCUCAUGAUCGGGCUGCCACUGUUAGAAUGUUGAACAAGUUGCCCGACUGCUCCGCCAGUUCCUCCACUUCCAAGCCCAAGUUUGAGGUCACCCUUCUAAGCAGGGCUUGGUGCUCGUUAAAGUCCUCACAGGGACUGACGUGUGAGGGCCCUGCUACUGCUUCGGCUGACGAGGAUGAUGAUUGCACCACUGGGGGAGGACCUGGGGCACUGUCCCCCGUAGGGGAGGGCUCCCUUGGAGUAGGCACUUGCUCCUCUACCCCAACAUCGGAGUCCGUGCCGUGCACUGAGUCUGGUACAGUCAUUGCAGGGGGUUGCUUCUCCAAAGCAGCAAGGGAAGAAUGGUGUGAGAGAGGCAUCAGCAUCACCAGCAUGCCCCACGCAUUCCAAUUGGGCCAUUGGUCUGGCCACUGACCCUACAACCAUCCCGGCACUGUGGGAGCAGAGAGAGUCUCCGGUGCCCGCAAGAUUUGCUGCUGCCAUGGCAAGGGGCUAAAGUCCCACUCUGACCUAGACGAGUCCCUUUCCAGUGACCAGACGCUUGUGUCUGGCAGCUGACCAUAGGCGCCAGGGAGUGGUGCCUCAAGUAAGAUGAUCAGUGUCUCUCAGAGGAUUGAUGCCGGGGUGUGGAGACCAGUGCUGGAAAGGUGAGAUGUCCCGUACCAGCAGAGACCUGUACCAGGACAUCGGCUGGUGAAAGGACGAUCAGUGCUGGGUGUACAGAGACUGAUGCCUCACUGAAGGUCCACCUGUGCCGUUGGAGACCAGGACCGCGGUGACGGCGACCUGAGCCGUCUGACCAGAGACUUAGGUUGCGGAGUCAAGGAUCUUGGUCACGGAAUGCUGCCUCUGCUCCGGGGAGGGAUGGCAUUCAACUGCCCUCUGAGGUGGUCUUAUGGCUGGCCUGCCCUUAGAAUGGGGAGCCUUAGCCACCUCCAAUGCACUGGAAGGGCUCUCUGGUCCCUAGCUGCCUGGAGGGCCUCAGACAUCGAAGGUACAACCAGGUGCCAGGGUUCCUACUGCUCCCAGGAGUGGGAUUCCUGGGGGAUCCAGCCUGAGAGAUAACCCCUUGAAGCUCCAGAGAGGGCAGUCAGGCCUGUCCCUCCUUGUUUGGUGCCGGGGAGCCUUGCUUUUUCAGGUGCUUCUUGGACACCGGCAGAGCUCAGUGCUGGGCAGAACACUCUUCACCAACCCCAAGGAGCUAAGUGUAGAGUCAGAGCACGAAGGCUCCGACACCGGAUGAAGUGCAGCCUCCAUAAGAAGGGCCCUUAGACAAAUGUCCUGCUCCUUUUGAGUUUGGGUUGAAAGUCCUUGCAAAUUUGAUACUUGUCCUUUAUGUGUGACUCUCCCAAGCACUUCAGGCAGUGGCUGGGAGGGUCGCUAACAGGCACAGGCCUAUUGCAGGUUGAACAAGGCUUGAAACCUGGGGACUGGGGCAUGCCCCACCCGGGGCAAAGUCCCUGCUGAGACUAACCCUUAACAUCUAAUUACUAACUACUGUAAACAACUAUAUACAAAGAAAACAGACAAUAGGUGCUGGGGAAAAAACUUGUCCACUUGCGAGGCAAGGAGAAGUUGCUCUGACCAACCAUCAGGGGCAGUAAGAAGGAACUGAGGACAUAAGGCCGGCAACUCCUCAUAUACCAGCACACGAGUGCAGCACUCCAGAGGGCACCACAGCCGGCCCUCCGGAUACCCCG